GAAUGCGCAGUUUGAAGUCAACGCUUGAUAAUACGUGUAUUGAGACUCGUGCGGCAUUUAUUAUUAUUAUUAUUACCACUAGUACUAUAUUGUUUACUUUGAUUUGUUUAUACGCAUACGUAUUGCUUAGAAUAAUUCAUAAUGAAAUCAGCGGCAUUGCACAAGCUGCUGACGUUGCUUACUUUGCUGCUCCUACUGAUGUUCGUCGUGCCUGCUUACAGUCAGCCAUUAAGCCAGCCGUCUGCAGCGCCAACGUCAGCUCCAGCUGCAGCGGCAGAACGUCCGCUCAUAUUAAUUGAAAAUAAUGUGAAGCCCGAGGAUGCGAGCAACUAUCAAAUAACACUGCCAAAGAAUGCCAAGCCUGGCGUGGCCGAGCCCUGCUUGACCAUCAGCUGGAAAACGAAUCCUGACGGCAGCCAACCAGAUCUGCCCCGAAUAUAUAUGGUUAAUGGCUACUUUCAGAUAAUGCCGCCAGCAACUGGACUAAAUAACAAUUUGCAUUAAAAGUAUAUCAAAAUUUAUUUAAAUUAAACGUAAACAAUAAUUCAAA